CGCCCGGGUUAGGAGAUGCUCAGCCCCGAGCGCCCGGGGUAGGCGACCCCACUUGGCCGAAGCCCUCUCUUCAAGCAAUAUUUCGUCUUUCUGCACCAGACACCUCCGGGGAGCCGGAGCGAGGCUGUGUGGGCCAGUUCUUAAGAACCCAGGACGGAGACGGGGCGUGGAGAGGAGCUACCAGGGACGCGGCCGCAGCGCCCCGCGCGCUGGAAGGGCAGGGGACGCGCCAGCCGUCUUCGGUUGCCGCACCCUUGACCUCUAGUUUCAGCUGGGAACUUGGGCAGAGGAAUGAUUGGUGAACCAAAACACUGACCAGCAGCCGGGGACAAACUGAUCAUCUCCGGGGUCCUCCCGCCCUCUCCCUUGUCCACUCCAUGCCUAAGAGCUGCUCCCCGAGGCUGGGGCGAGGAGAACCAUGGGGGAGCGGUGCACCCCGCUGCCGCCCGUGGGCUCCCUGACCGCGCUUCCUCAAGACAACUUCUCCUCGGCCCCCUCCCUCAACUGCAGCGCCGAGGACGACAUCUACCAGGACUCCAUCGCCCUUCCCUGGAAAGUCUUGCUGGUAGUGCUGCUGGCGCUGGUCACCUUGGCCACCACGCUGUCCAAUGCCUUUGUGGUCGCCACGGUGUACCGGACCCGAAAACUGCACACGCCGGCCAACUAUCUGAUCGCCUCCCUGGCGGUCACCGACCUGCUCGUGUCGGUCCUGGUGAUGCCCAUCAGCACCGUGUACACGGUCACCGGCCGCUGGACGCUGGGCCAGGCGGUCUGCGACUUCUGGCUGUCUUCGGACAUCACCUGUUGCACGGCCUCCAUCCUGCACCUGUGUGUCAUCGCGCUGGACCGCUACUGGGCCAUCACAGACGCGGUGGAGUACUCGGCGAAGCGGACCCCGCGGCGCGCGGCGGGCAUGAUCGCGCUGGUCUGGGUCUUCUCCGUCUGCAUCUCGCUGCCGCCCUUCUUCUGGCGCCAGGCCAGGGCGGAGGAGGCGGUGUGCGUGGUGAACACGGAUCACAUCCUCUACACCGUCUACUCCACGGUGGGCGCCUUCUACUUCCCCACUCUGCUGCUCAUCGCGCUCUACGGCCGCAUCUACCUGGAGGCCCGCUCGCGCAUCCUGAAGCAGGCGCCGCUCCCGGCCGGCAAGCGCCUGACCCGAGCGCAGCUGGUCACCGACUCCCCCGGGUCCACGUCCUCGGUCACGUCCACCAACUCGCGGGCUCCCGACGCGCCCAGCGAGUCCGGCUCCCCGGUGUACGCGAACCAGGUCAGAGUGCGGGUCUCGGACGCGCUGCUGGAGAAGAAGAAGCUCAUGGCCGCCAGGGAGCGCAAGGCCACCAAGACGCUGGGCAUCAUCCUGGGCGCCUUCAUCGUGUGCUGGCUGCCCUUCUUCAUCAUCUCCCUGGCCAUACCCAUCUGCAAGGACGCCUGCUGGUUCCACCUGGCCAUCUUUGACUUCUUCACGUGGCUGGGCUAUCUCAACUCGCUCAUCAACCCGAUCAUCUACACCAUGUCCAACGAGGACUUCAAGCAAGCCUUUCACAAACUGAUUCGCUUCAAGUGCGCGAGCUGACUCGCCACGUGCAGUGGGGUUGCCCAAGCGACCUCUGGGGACCAAGUGGGGUCUGGUUCCACAGGUAGGUCGAAUCUUCUUUAGCGAUUCCUGGGUCAGAAGGAGGCGCUCUCUGCUGGGCGAGGGACAGUCCCGAGGGCGAGCUCUGGAAGGAGGACUGUUCCAGCUGGAGGGAGAGAGCGUCCCUGCUGAGGACGAGGCUCACUCCUCCCUCAGACCUUAGGCUCUGCGCCGACCCUGCAACAGCCAAUCACGAAGGGGGUUGCAACUUUUAAAAUCGAUGCUGGGAAGGGGAUCCUGCCCAGCUCUGGUGUUACGGAUGAGGCCCUUGAGACCCAGUGUGCUGUACUGGUUAUCGGGAGCCUGUCCCAGACAGAUCUUCAUGCAGCCUGGCCGUACUUGAACUAGAUAUUUGAUACCCUGUGUUUGGGGGAGAACGUUGUGUUACAGCUUAAUUUAAGAACAGUUACUUUGACAUCCUUCCGUCUUCAGCUUUUGUUUAUUUAAACUUGGUUGGAGAAACUUGUGGAUUUGGUGCUUCAAACCCCGUGUGUGGCUUGGAGGGUACAGAGAAACCUUGUAGAGUUAACAGCAAAAUUCAGAUGUUAAGAUCUUUAUUUUUAUUAUAAUUGAAAGUAUAUGGGGGUGGGGGGGUGGGAAUGGGAGAUGGGGAUCAUUAAACUGAGAAUCAACACCUAUGAUUCUUUUCUGCAGAUUUGUUUAAAUUUCUGUUUAGCAAUGAUCAAACCACAACUCUAACGACCCAGACAAAACAUUGUGUGUCCUAGUGCCAAAGUCUGCGGGUUGCAUUGUUGUUCUCCUAAUUUCCGGUAUCUGUCAUUUCAAUUAAACGUCUAAAUCCCCACAAAUAGAGGGUAUGAUGAGUGACUCAGCCCGAACUGCUGCUAUAUUUCUUACUGAUGCAAUGGGUAAAACUGAUUAGCAUUAGAUGUAAACUAUUCCUUAACAAGACUAGUAUCUUUAUUAUUUAUCCAAUUCAGUGAGAUGUGAAGGAGGCUGUUGAAAUAGGAACAGUUCUUAUACAAUUAAGGAAUAGGGGCAAUAGAAGGAUGUAUAUUUUGACUUGUAAAAAAAAUCUUAAAAUGCAUGAGAAUUUCUUCUGAUAGUCAUUUGCACUCUCCUUGCUCAUCUGUGGUUCCUUUGUGUGACAGCUUAUAAAGUACCUAAGAGAAGUAGCUCCCUUCUCCAGAAAUCUUCAACAUGCAUUAAGAGCCCUGAAAACACAUAAGAAAAAUAGACUUACUUCUUUUCCCGUGCUAUUGAAGUCAGGGCAGGAAUACACAUGACUAGAAAAUGAUGUGCAAGAUCUUCAGAAAAGCUUAAAGAAGCUAAAAUCGAGUUUGUUUUCUUUGUAACUGAUAAAAGCAACAUCAGACUUAGUUUACCAGGGAACAGGCAAACCUUUGAACCUUGUAAAUUUGUCACUGACCUGACCUAUCAGUAAAUAUAAUAUCUGGAAUACUUUGAAUUUAUCUGCCUUUUCAAAUUUCAACUAUAUUUAGUUCCUAUCUCAAAUUCACUCUGAGGGCUCCCCAAGACAGGGUAAAAUCACACACUACAAGAUUGAAAACUUCAUUAUCUUAAUAAAAACAAGUACCUCUGAAGGAUAUCAGCACAGAAAAUAAAAUGUAUGCGAGCAACAUUUACUAUGCCAAAUAUUCCUUUCUUCAGAGCGUUUUCUGUAGUUGAUACCUUUUGUCUUCAGAAGCAAUGUGUUUUGGUAAAAUGGAUUCACUCCCUGCUUGAAACUUCCCACUCCAGAUUAUAAGACAGAAUGUGUGUACUGAGCUGAAAUACCCAAUAUUUCAGCAUUGAGAUAUGUAUGUGCAGACCUUCACCCUGAGGUAAUGACUCUUGAGAAUAUACUAUUGAAAGAUUCUCAUAUAAGCUAAGUAAAAAUGGAAAUUUUGAUCAACAUUUGCACCUCUCACUGGAGUGAGAUAAAAUUUUAGCCAUUAGAUAAGCCUAUACUUAUUCUGGAUCCCCAAGUUUCUUUUCUUGCUUUUUUGUGAUAUUUCUCCUAUGGAGGAAUGUGCAUAGAGCAUGGAGUUUGUUUUUAAUGUUAUUAAUAUAUUGUUUUUCUUAUUUAUAUAACUGUUUUCUUUGGGCUUAAGAGGCAAUUAAGUCAACUUCUAAGAGCCUUAGGGGGAAAAUUAAUUGAAACAAAUAGCCACUUACAAAUGAUUUUUUUUUUUUUUACAGGGCACCUACCAUGAUUGUGUCUGCAUAUUCACAAAGCACAAUCAGUGUAGUCAAUGGUUGUUUGCUAUUUUGUAAAUUAUCCACCUAAACUAUUGCUUGACUAUUUGGCUGUGUUAACUGGAUUUGGGGCAUACUGUGUGAAAUAGAAGCUUGCAAACCCUUGUACUUAUCACAGUUCUAGAAUCUCCUCCAGCAUCACACAUGGUUAUGCAGAGUCUAUAGUUCAUCCCAGGGGUAUGUAGUUAAGACUGUUAAGCUCCUUUUCAGUUACUUCUGUCUACAGCACAGUUUAUUUCAUAAACUGGACACAUGGAUAUUUUUUAGAACAUAAAAUGGGAGAUGGAAAUGUUUCACUUACAUAGAAAUGAAAAUAUCUUUCCAUUGGCUGUGCUAACAAAUAACAUUUUUCAUAUUGUUUAAUUGCACAAAUUUUCACACAAAUAUAUAAAUGUAUACUCACCCAAUAAUACUAAUAUUGUCUUGUGUUCCUAGGAAUUUUAGAGUUUCCUUUUUAAAAAUGGAUGCUGCACUCAUGAAUGUUUCUUAAGUUCAAUAAAUUUUCUACAGAACAAUGUCCUUCACUUUUCCUGUGAUUUUAGUUUAGUUUUUUUUUUUUUUUAACCAAGAAGCCCUGAGAGGACUAUAAGUCAUUCAAGCAGAAAAAUCUCAGAUCAUGUGUAUUUGAUGGAGUUUCUGUGACUAAAAAUUGCCGUUCAUAUCCCACCUUUCAGCAAAUGUAUAAUUGGAAAUGAAAUUUAAGGAAAUAAUGAAAUAAAAGUCUG